GCCUGGUUCUUGUGGUACCAUUGAACCUCAACAAAAUUGAGUGAAUCUCGAAAUGCAAUUCAGUAUUCUCUUUGCCUCGCUACUGGCGAUCAGCUCAGCGCUUCCGGUUGAGCCUCGUCAAGAACAGAGCCUUGCACCUCAACUCCUCACUACCAUCAACGAUCUCAACACUGCCGUCACCGGUCUAACCACAGCCGUUAACAAAUUCGAUGGAUCACUGUUUGGGCUGCUGCCACAGGCUCUUGCUGUUGUCAAAGCCGAGGCAAAGCUUGAUGUCACCAUCUUGAAGGCAACCUACAUCACAGGGAAGAGUGCCAAUUUUACAGCAGAGGAAAGCACAAACAUCGUGAAUACGUUAGCUGGUGGAAUUGGACCCAUUCAAACGUCUCUUGAUGCACUGAAGGGAAAGUACCCAGCGUUCAAGAAGACGUUUACCGCUCCAAUCGUCUUACUGGAUCUCAAGAUUCUGAAGAAACAUACUGACGACUUGAUUGCUGCCUUAACACUGAAAGUCACUGCAGAGAAUGCAGGACUCUUGGGUCUAGGAAAAGGGAUUUUGGACCAAUCUUUCGACGACGCCAUUGCUGUUUAUAGUGCGUGAGGUCUCAGCUCGUGUUACUUCCAAACAAAGUGGAGAUGAACUUGCUGUGUAUCCCAUGCUGGCCAAAGCUUCUUUCUUGUUUCUCAAUUACAUUCGGAAAGAACAAACAGUCAACUGCACCUCCUGUAACACGA